UUCGAUACCUCUGGACUUUUCUUGUACGAAUACCAAAGGCGUAAGAUAUCCGCGUUAAGAUAUCUAAACCUUUAACUGUUUCAUCGUGGAUUCUACUUGAGUGCAAAGAUAAGCCGAAAUCUACACGAUUGUUCGAGGAUAUUGGAAUAGAAGUAUAUAUAAGUACGUACAGGAAAGUGCGAAGGAAAGAAAAGGAAAUCGAGGGAGGGAGAGGGAGGAAAAGAGAAGAGAAACGGAAGAAAAGAUACACGUGCGCGUGGUCGGUGUCUCGAGGAUACCUGUGGAUGCCAGGCUGGAGUCUCGACGUAAUAGGGCACGGAUUUCUGCCCGAUGACUGCCAAGGAGAUUCAUUUCUCCUCGCUAGCCGAUCUCCAGCAUUGUUAUUAGGCCGCAUCAAACGAUUUAUCGGCUAAGCCGCAAAUUGAGAGGAGAUAGGAGAAAUAGCAGGACGUGUUAUGAAAUUACUGCCGUCAAUCCAGUUGCCGCAAUUGCCACCGGUUUCGGCCGGGGGUGGAAUGACGGGGAUGGACUCUCGGCUACCACCGGGUAUAUCUUUACCCUUCAGCCCUACGGAACUACUUUGGCGAUACGGUCCCGCCAUGAACUUUCCACCCACUCACCCACCACCCAGUCCCUUUCUUGACUUCAAGACACAUCUACCAGCAAGUUUAGCUUCAGACCCACGGUUGUGGUCCCGCGAGGAUGUGGCGACGUUCCUUCGAUGGGCUGAACGGGAAUUCGACCUACCCCAAUUCGACAUGGACAUGUUCCAAAUGAACGGCAAGGCGCUCUGCUUGCUGACAAAAGCUGAUUUGGGGGAGAGAUGCCCGGGUGCUGGCGAUGUGUUGCACAAUGUCCUCUCAAUGCUGGCCAGAGACUUUAACCAGCUCCAGAGAUGUCUACCCAGCAGUCCGGUGACCCCAACUAGGCCUUCCGCGUACCCCCUCAGUCCCCACUCGCAUCCACCAACUCCUACGUGGACAGAGAAUCCGUACACCGCGAACCUGGCCUCGUUAAUGUCCGCGAAUUCGGUGACACUGUCACCGGCACCGUCGGUCGACAGCCAAGCGGGCUCCCCCGGCCACACCGAGGGAACCCAAAGUCAAAUUUACAAAAGCGACUCGGACGAGGAUAAUCAACAAGCGGCUACCGGAAGCCCACCAGCCACGCCGACGGCACUUGCAGCCCAAAGGUUAAGCGAAGUUUGUGUUAAGGAUCAGCCCAGUCCUACGUUAACGCAGCCAAUGAUGCCCCUCACACCCGGUGCCUUUAGAACGAACCCUGCCAAUGCUGCCAGAGAGUUUUUCCCCAGUGAUUCCCCUGAACCUAACACCAACGGUAGACUUUUGUGGGACUUUCUUCAACAACUUCUGAACGAUCCGUCGCAACGGUACACACAUUACAUCGCGUGGAAAAGUCGGGAAACAGGUGUGUUCAAGAUUGUCGACCCGCCGGGACUAGCCAGGCUCUGGGGCAUUCAAAAGAAUCAUCUUUCGAUGAAUUACGAUAAAAUGAGUAGAGCACUACGAUAUUAUUAUCGAGUGAAUAUCUUACGAAAGGUCCAAGGGGAACGGCACUGUUACCAAUUUUUGCGAAAUCCAACGGAGCUGAAGAACAUAAAGAAUAUAUCUUUGCUGCGUCAGCAAAUGCGGAUAAAAUCAGAACCGGAAGAAGAAGGCGGAAGUGGCGUCGAGCCGGAAAUCGAUAUGCCAACAGAUCUCUCGAUGUCUAGCAUGAGUCAGCCAUCCAGCGAGCAGCAACAACAGCAGCAACAACAGCAGCAACCUCUACCUCUUCACGACCCGCCUGCAAAGUAUAGAAGUCACGCGUAUAAUCUCGUCAAAACUAACCAGGAGUCGGAAGAGAAGAAGUGA